CGGCCGACCGGUGCGCGGUCAGUGUCAUCCGAACGGUCAACGAACGCGCACGGCUCUCCGAGACCGCACGCACGUCACAACAACGCGGUACCAUCGCGGAGCACGUCCGCAUAACGGUUGAACAGCCCAGUGGCGAGCAUUCCGCCGCGCCCGGACCCUACGUGACUUUAACGCAACGAAAACCGAGGGAUGAAGACGAGCCACGAGGUGCUGCCGAUGUUGGCGGCGUUGUUACUAGCGUCGUCGGUCGCUAGCCAGUCCAUGUCGUUUCCGGACGCGGCCACCGACGCCACGGCUACCACCGUGGAGAACGGUACGGCCACCGGUCGCGAUAGCUCCGGCGGCAACAGGAACGGCAAGAACCUGUUCAACUGGCUGGGGAGCUUCGCGGAAGAGGACUCGGACCCGUACCUGUCGUCGGCCAACGGCGCCUGUCUGCAGGGCGAUAUGACCGAGUGCUUCAAGGCGCGCGCCCUGUCCGGCCUCGAUGAUUUUUUCGUGCGUGACUCGUACCGGCUCAACGACCACGUGCGGGUCAUCCGGCUGCAGGGCGACAACGAUGGUCGCUCGUCCAGGGCGUUCGAGUUCUCGACGGACCAGCGUCCUGAAGACACCGAGUGGGACAGGCUGGUCAAGUUCGCCAUGCGCAAGGUCGAACGGUUCCUGCGAUCCACCGCGGUCGAGGUCCAGGUGCCCGACGAGCUCACCGAGGGCGGACGGUACUCGCCCAGGUUCAUUGACGAGAUAUCCUCCGAGCUGGACACGCUCGAAGACAAGAAAGCCAGCAUCAUCACCAAGAAAAAAGUGAAAAAGCUACUGGUCCCGUUGUUGAUCGUGUUGAAACUGUUCAAGUUGAAGCUGUUGCUUUUCUUGCCACUCAUUCUGGGUCUGGCAUCGUUCAAGAAAGUGUUGGGUUUCCUGGCGCUAGUCGUGCCCGGCCUCAUCGGGUUCUUCAAACUGUGCAAGCCCGACCUGCAGCACAACUACGGCACGUUCGGCCACAGUAGCUACUACCACAGACCGUCACACGGCAGUAGCGGGCCUCCACCACCGGGGCCUGUGUACACACCGUACCGCGAACACCAGGAACCACAGUUAUCCCCGUGGCGCGAACAACAGGACCCGCAGCAGUACCUAUACGAGUCACAGGACGCUCAGCCGUCGUACGGACAGCCGUAUAACAACCGGCCGGUCCGGAAUCAGCCGGACGUCCAGCAAGAGGCGGCACCACCGUUGCCGGUUAACAGCUUCCGACCAUCUUCCGGUUCUGUUUCCUUCAAGGACGAUGCCAACGACAUGGCGUACAGUGCCUACAACCGGCAACAGUAAACGAACAACACCAUAUACGGACGAUUGUAGUGCAUGACGACAGAUUUGUCGGUCCGCAUCGUCGAGAUCGCACCGUCGUUUGACGCGACUUUGUCGUUUUUCGAUUGCUCAACUUCCUCCGCAGUCUCCUACUCCUGUUUCUCUUUCUCUCUCUCUCUCUCUAUAUAUAUAUAUAUAUAUAUAUACAUAUGUACAUCCUUCAGUUUUUCUUCCCCCGUUUACAUCUUCCCUUUUCUAUACAACACACAGGCGCACACCUCACAUAACAUCAGUAUGUUAAUUAUUCAUCUAAAUCGUUAUUUGUCAUAACAGUGUUAUAUGUCGAUCCGUUUUCGAUUCAUUAGCUAAAUUGAUUGCAUAAAAUCCUAAUCGUUUCAAUCGUCAUUAUUCAAAACAAGCACGAAAACAUCAAUAAUAAUAUGACGUGCUCGAUCGGAUUUUUAGAUGAAUCGAUUCACGUCGAUAUCCACGUGUUUAGCGUAAGCAAUUUUAAAAUUUGUCUACGCUCAGUUCCUUAUAACCCCACAUGGAUUAAAUCGUUUUUAAUAGCGGCAAACAUUUUUAAUGUUAAUAGUACAUAAGUUUAACAUAAAAUUAUAUAUAGAAUCAUAUUUAUUUUUGUUUAAACCCCCAUAUAACGGGUGAUUUUUACCUAUCAUUAACACAAUUUUGUAUUAUGUUGUAAAUAUAUAUAUAUUAUUAUUAUAAUUAUUUAAAAAUAUCGAAAUUGUCUGAAAAUAUAUUUUUAUUAUUAAAACACCUCUAGAUUUAAGUAUAUCAUAGGAAUGAAAGAAAUAGUUUAUGGCUAUAAAAUAGAAAUGUACACAAGGUAUAAUAGAUAAUUAAUUGAAAUUAAUAGCUUUACUCUACACUUAGGUAAUACCUCUCAUUGUAAAAUAAUAAGCAUUUUAAUACGACACUGCAGAUCACGCAGUUAUAAUUUACAAGGAGUUCAGUAUAGGCAAUUUAAAUGAAAUUAAAAAAUAUCUGAAUCCAAUGA